AUGCAGAGAUGGCUUGCGACGACGGCGAAGAGAUUACUUCACCGGAAUCUCCCACUAAAACCUAACCCCAGAACAUCUCUUCCUUCCUCGGCCUUCCGCCAUUACCGGACACAAGCUUCCUCUACCCCAAUUGAUCUCCGAGAGAGAAACCCAAACGACGCAAUCGAAUUAUUCAACAAAAUGGUGAAAUCUCCCCCUUACCCAUCAAUCAUCUCCUUCACUAAACUCUUAACCUCCCUCGUAAAGUCCAAACGAUACGACGUCGUUAUCUCCCUAAGCCAAAAGAUGGAAACUUUAGGGAUUCGAAACGAUCUCUGCACGUUCAAUAUCCUAAUCAACUCUCUCUGCAACUCUUAUCAACUCUCUCUCGCUCUCUCUCUUCUUGGGAAGAUGCUGAAACUCGGGUUUGAGCCGGAUAACGUCACGCUUGGGACUCUUGUUAACGGCUUCUGUCGGAAAAACAGAGUCUCUGAAGCUGUGUCCUUUAUUGAGAAAGUGGUUAAGUUAGGAUAUGGAGUCGACAUUGUUUCCUACAACACGGUUAUUGAUAGUUUCUGUAAGAGGAGACAAGCUAAUGGAGCUUUGAGUUUCUUUAAACGGAUUGAAAAGGAAGGUGUUGUUAAGCCUAAUGUGAUUACUUACACUUCUUUGGUGAAGGGUCUUUGUAAUUUAGGGAGAUGGAGUGACGCGGCGUUGUUGUUGAGUGAUAUGAUUAAGAGGGAGAUUAGUCCUAAUGUUGUUACUUAUACUGCUUUGGUUGAUGCGUUUGUGAAGAAUGGGAAGGUUUUGGAGGCUAAGGAGUUGUAUGAGGAGAUGAUUAAGAUGAGUAUAGAGCCUGAUGUUGUUACUUAUAGUUCGUUGAUUAAUGGGCUUUGUAUGCAGGAGCGUGUCGAUGAGGCUAGUGAGAUGUUUGGUUUGAUGGUGAGUAGAGGUUGUUUUCCAGAUGUGGUGAGUUAUAAUACGCUUAUUAAUGGGUUUUGUAAGGUGAAGAGAGUGGAGGAUGGGAUGAGAUUGUUUCGGGAGAUGUCGGAAAGAGGGUUGGUUAGUAGUAUAGUUACUUACAAUACUCUGAUACAAGGUUUUUUUGAAGCAGGGGAUGUUGAGAUGGCUCAGGAGCUUUUUAGUCAGAUGGGUUCUCCUGAUAUAUGGACUUAUAAUAUUUUGUUAGGUGGGCUUUGUGAUAAUGGGGAGCUAGAGAAAGCGUUGGUGGUGUUUGAAGAUUUGCGAAAGAGUGAAAUGGAACUAGACAUUGUCACGUAUACUAUCAUUAUCCAUGGGAUGUGUAAGGCUGGUAAGGUUGAAGAAGCUUGGGUUUUGUUUUGUAGUCUCAGCGUCAAAGGAGUGAAGCCUGAUGUUGUAGCAUAUAGUAUAAUGUUGUCCGGGUUAUGUAAGGAAGGCCUACAUUGUGAAAUAGAUGCGUUGUAUUUGAAAAUGCAAGAAGACGGGCUUGUGCUGAAGGAUGGCACGCUAUGUCUUAGAGAUGGUGACAUAACUGUAUCAGCCGAGCUUAUUAAAGAUAUGUUGACCCGUGCAACAUCUGAGGGGUGCAAAAAGGUUGUUACUCUCUUGUAAUUGUCACUGUGGUUAGGAUUUGGUCUUGCAAACUACUCAUCUGUUUUCAGCGGUGAAUGAAAUCACUAGCACUACUUGGUGUUUCUCUCUAGUUCGAGGUGAGAGAUUCUCGAUUUGCUUAAUCCAAUAAUUGAGGAUGGCGAGUGAAUAUCCUUCUGAAUUUCCGAUCUUGACGCUUGAGGGCAGGUACUCAGGAACAGAGGAAUGUAUGUAAAAGAGACGUAAUUGGCUAACCGGCAUGAGGAACAAUGAGCAUCACUAAGUUUCUCAAGAUUUCCCUCUAUGUGCAUUAUUAUAAGGCCAUGAAGUUGUAAAAAGUUCCUUAGGAGUUGGGACAAGUAAUAGUGUAUUCUCCAUCAUACAAACAGUUACAUCUCAGUUAAAAUUAAAGCAUCUUGU